CGUCUCUAUCUAGCAAGUGCUCUGUUUACAAGGGAGGCUGCUGUAUCCUUUCCUCUGACAAUUAUAACAUGUCAUUGGGUUCGUCAUGUUUCGACAUUUAAAUGCAAGCCAGGGGGAGAAAGUGUUCGUCUGCAAGAGAGCAAGACAGACGAAUUGAGUAUAUAAACCUUAAUGCAGCCUAUGGAGACUCGCCAAAAUCUGUUUAAAAUCCUAAAUUGAAUACGUCGGAAUGGUUCUUGACCCAUUAACAAGCAUUCCUUGUUUUGGCUCAAUUACCGGCAGCAUUUCAUAAUUUGGUUUUAUUAGGGAAAGACGUAGGUCCGCGACAAUGGGAUUCAUGCACCAGCUUCACCUCUUGUUGUGGAAGAAUGUGUCUUUGAAACGAAGGGGACCGUGGGUGCUGGCAUUUGAGAUCUUCAUCCCCCUGGUCCUCUUCUUCAUCCUCCUGGGCUUGCGGCAGAAGAAGCCAGCCAUUCCCGUGAAGGAAGAUUCUGAGAAGCUGUUGGGGAGCAUACACAGUCUGGAUGGGGGCCUGAUACACAAGGCUCUACGAGACCCAGCCAGGGCAGCUCAUCGGCAAGCCCUGCUCAGAUUCAUGUCCCAGGCCCUAGGUCUGGCUGGGGAGGGGGGAGGCCAGAAAUACGACCCCCAGGGACUUAAGGAGGUGGAGGGGGUUCUCUUGACUGGCGCCAUGCUGGAAGUGCUCACCUGUGGAGAGGGCGGGAGCAGUGAUCUCAGCAAGAUCCUAUUGGUCCCCGAGAAGCAGCAGUCUGUGUUCCAAGCCUAUCGCAGCGCAGUGUGCGGUGGGGAAGAGGGACAGAGGGCAGAGCGGUUUGGGGAAAUGAGCCAGGAGCUGAGAGACCAGAUCAACACUCAGAGUGUCAUAGAGAAGCUGAAUCUGGGCCAGGCCAACUCGUCCGCCCCCCUGUCCCAGACCCACCUGGGGCCCCUGCUGAAGGACCUGGCCGACGUGGACCGUCUGCUCCGGGACGUGGACCUCCUCUCCGCCCUGGCCCGCCUGCUCCCCAAGGGGGCAUGCACCGGCCACGGGCCCCCGGGCCCCAGCAACGCCACCUCCCCCUGCCCCCUCAACGCCACCACCUGGGGCCCCAACGCCACCGACACACCCGGCCAGGACGGGGGAGAGGGGGAGCAGGGGGAGGGUGGAGGGGGAGCUGGGAGAGGGGAGGAAAACCCCCACUCCCAGUUCUCAGCCUUCGUGCAGCUCUGGGCCGGCCUGCAGCCUAUUCUUUGUGGCAACAACAGGAUCAUUGAACCUGAGGCACUGAAGCAGGGGGAACAUGAGCUCUCUGGGUUCACCAGUAAGGAACAGCGGAAUCUGGGUCUACUGGUGCACCUAAUGACUACAAAUCCCAAGAUUCUCUACUCCCCCAUCGGCUCACAGGUGGACAAGGUCAUCCAGAAGGCCAAUGAGACGUUUGCGUUUGUGGGGAACGUGACUCACUACGCGAGGGUGUGGCUCAACAUCUCCAGUCAGCUCAGGACCUUCCUGGAGGAGGGCAGGCUGCACAACCAUCUCACCUGGCUGCAGCAGUUCACGUCCGAUCUCCGACGCCACCCGGAGCUGCUGAACGCCACAGACAGUGAGCUGCUGCAGAGCCUGCUGGAGGGCAACUACAGCCUCCCCGACGCCUCCACCCUGCUGGAGCAGCUGGACACCAUCGACAACGCCGCCUGCGGCUGGACGCACUUCAUGUCCAAGGUCAGUGUGGACAUCUUCAAAGGCUUCCCUGACGAGGACAGCAUCGUCAACUACACACUGAACCAGGCCUACCAGGACAAUGUGUCCGUCUUCGCCAGUGUCAUCUUCCAGACCAACCGUGACGGCUCCAUCCCCCCCCAUGUCCUGUACAAGAUCCGGCAGAACUCCAGCUUCACGGAGAAGACCAACGAGAUCCGCCGGGCCUACUGGCGCCCCGGGCCCAACACCGGGGGCAAGUUCUACUUCCUCUACGGUUUCGUCUGGAUCCAAGACAUGAUGGAGCGCGCGAUCAUCAACACGUUUGUGGGCCACGAUGUGGUCGAACCCGGAAACUACGUCCAGAUGUUCCCCUAUCCCUGCUACACCAGAGACGACUUCCUGUUUGUGAUCGAGCACAUGAUGCCCCUGUGCAUGGUGAUCUCGUGGGUGUACUCGGUGGCCAUGAUGAUCCAGCACAUCGUCGCAGAGAAGGAACACCGCCUCAAGGAGGUGAUGAAGAUGAUGGGUUUGAACAACGCCGUCCACUGGGUGGCCUGGUUCAUCACAGGCUUCGUGCAGCUCUCCAUCUCCGUGACGGCGCUGACGGCCAUCCUGAAGUACGGCAAGGUCCUCCUCCACAGCGACCCCUUCAUCAUCUGGCUCUUCCUCACCAUCUACGCCAUCGCCACCAUCAUGUUCUGUUUCCUGGUGUCGGUGAUCUACUCCAAGGCCAAACUGGCGUCUGCGUGCGGCGGGAUCAUCUACUUCCUCAGCUACGUCCCUUACAUGUACGUGGCCAUCCGGGAGGAAGUGGCCCACGACAAGAUCACCGCCUUCGAGAAGUGCAUCGCGUCCUUGAUGUCCACCACAGCCUUUGGCCUCGGCUCCAAGUACUUUGCUCUGUACGAGGUGGCCGGGGUGGGCAUCCAGUGGCGCACCAUCAACCAGUCUCCAGUAGAGGGCGACGACUUCAACCUGGGGCUGUCCAUGAUGAUGCUCAUCAUCGACGCCAGCGUCUACGGGAUUCUCACCUGGUACAUUGAGGCGGUGCAUCCAGGCAUGUAUGGGCUGCCCCGCCCCUGGUACUUCCCCCUGCAGAAGUCCUAUUGGCUGGGCAGUGGGCGCGUGGAGACGUGGGAUUGGCCGUGGGGUGCCGGCGCCAGGCUGAGUGUGAUGGAGGAGGACCAGGCGUGCGCCAUGGAGCACCGACGCUCUGAGGAGAUGCGAGGUGUGGAAGAGGAGCCAAGCCACCUGCCCCUGGUGGUGUGCAUAGACAAGCUGACCAAGGUGUACAAGACCGGCAGCAAACUGGCUCUGAACAAGCUGAGUCUCAACCUGCACGAGAACCAGGUGGUCUCCUUCCUGGGACACAACGGUGCUGGCAAGACCACCACUAUGUCCAUCCUGACCGGGCUGUUCCCUCCCACCUCCGGCUCAGCCACCAUCUACGGCCACGACAUCCGCACCGACAUGGAGCGCAUCCGCCAGAACCUGGGCAUGUGUCCCCAGCACAACGUCCUGUUCGACAAGCUGAGCGUGGAGGAGCACCUGUGGUUCUACUCCAAGCUGAAGGGCAUGGCGGAGGACGACAUACGCAAGGAGACCGACAAGAUGAUUGAGGACCUGGAGUUGUCCAACAAACGCCACAGCCUGGUGCAGACACUGUCCGGGGGGAUGAAGAGGAAGCUGUCCGUGGCCAUCGCCUUCGUCGGCGGCUCCCGCGCUGUCAUCCUGGACGAGCCCACGGCGGGCGUGGACCCCUACGCACGCAGGGCCAUCUGGGACCUCAUCCUGAAGUACAAACAGGGCCGCACCAUCCUGCUGUCCACUCAUCACAUGGACGAGGCUGACCUGCUGGGAGACCGCAUCGCCAUCAUCUCGCACGGGAAGCUCAAGUGCUGCGGCUCGCCGCUCUUCCUCAAGAGCACCUAUGGAGACGGCUACAAGCUGACCCUGGUCAAGAAGCAGAGCGAGAGCAGGGACCAGGGCCCCCGCCACCAGCCUACCACCCUGCUCUCGCCCUCCUCCUCCCUGUCUCCCUGCUCAGAGCCCAGGGUCACCCAGUUCAUCCGUCAGUUCGUGGCGUCCUGUCUGCUGGUGUCUGAUUCCAACACGGAGCUGUCAUACGUGCUGCCCUCUGAGGCUGUGAAGAAAGGCUGCUUUGAAAGGCUCUUUCAGGCCCUGGAGCAGCGCCUGGACAGCCUGGCUCUGACCAGCUUCGGGGUGAUGGACACCACCCUGGAGGAGGUCUUCCUCAAGGUGUCUGAGGAGGACCAGUCCCUGGAGAACAGCGACGCAGACAUGAAGGACUCCCCAGGAGGGAGCUGGGUGGGGAAGCCAGCGGCCGGUCCGGCGGGGCCCCAGUGCGACCCUGGCCCAGCAGGGGGCGUGGUUCGCCCGGAGGUGGAGCUGAGCAACCUGGUGAUGUGCUCCAGGCUGAGUCAGAGCCAGGCCUCCCUGCGCUCGUCCUCCUCCUCCGUGGGCUCCGUCCGGGGGGACGAGGGGGGGCUCUACGCCGACUUCUACGGAGAGUACUGCCCUCUCUUCGACAACGGCCAGGAGUCGGACUCGGCCAGCCAGAGAGGGGACGCCGAGGACCCCUCGUCCCCGGCAGCAGGCAUCCUGGAGGGGCAGGGCAGCAUCAAGCUGGAGGGCUGGUGGCUCCGCCUGCGGCAGUUCCACGGCCUCAUCAUCAAACGGUUCCACUGCGCCAAGAGGAACACCAAGGGCCUCUUCUCCCAGAUCAUGCUGCCCGCCUUCUUCGUCUGCGUGGCCAUGACCGUCGCCCUGUCCGUGCCCGAGAUAGGAGACCUGCCACCCCUCAUACUGUCACCCUCCCAGUACCACAACUACACCCAGCCCCGAGGCAACUUCAUCCCCUACGCCAAUGAGGACCGGCCCCAGUACAGAUGUAAGCUGUCCCCAGAUGCCAGCCCCCAGAAGAUCGUCAACACCCUGCGGCUGCCCUCGGGCGUGGGCGCCACCUGCGUCCUCAAAACGCCCUUCAACAGCACCCUGGACCAGCUGGCCCAGACUCUCAACCCCAGCGCCAACAACUCCAAGACCUUGGCUGCCCGCUACUUUGACUCCAUGUGCCUGGACUCCUUCACCCAGGGGGUGCCCCUCUCCAAUUUUGUGCCCCCUCCGCCCUCGCCCGCCCCGUCUGACGACCCGGAUCCCCGCUUCGAGGACGGGCUGUGGAACUACACCACCGCCCCGACCACCGUCCACGAAACGGUGACGUCGCCCCCCACCCUGCCCCUGUCCAUCCGGGAGCCGGUGCGCUGCAUCUGCUCCAUGCAGGGGACCGGCUUCUCCUGUCCCAGCGGAGUGGGGGGGCGGCCCCCGCUCAUGAAGGUGGUCACCGGGGACAUCCUGGUGGACAUCACCGGACGCAACGUGUCCGAGUACCUUCUCUACACCUCGGAUAGAGUCCGCCUGCACAGAUACGGCGGGAUCACAGUGGGCAACAUACAGAAAUCAAUCCCAGCAUCCUUUGGGAGAAAGACUCCACCCAUGGUUCGCAAGAUAGCGGUGCGCAGAUCCGCUCAGGUGCUGUUCAACAACAAGGGGUACCACAGCAUGCCAACCUAUCUCAACGUCCUCAACAAUGCCAUCCUCCGCGCCAACCUGCCCGCGGCGAAGGGAAACCCUGCUGCAUAUGGGAUUACGCUGACGAACCACCCUAUGAAUCGAACCAGUGCCAGUCUCUCCCUGGACUACUUGCUCCAGGGCACAGACGUGGUGAUCGCCAUCUUCAUCAUCGUGGCCAUGUCGUUCGUCCCGGCCAGCUUUGUCGUGUUCCUGGUCGCGGAGAAGUCCACCAAGGCCAAGCACCUGCAGUUUGUCAGCGGCUGUGACCCUGUCAUUUACUGGCUGGCCAACUACAUAUGGGACAUGCUCAACUACCUGGUGCCGGCCACAUGCUGCGUCCUUAUCCUGUUUGUGUUCGACCUUCCGGCGUACACCUCCCCGACCAACUUCCCUGCAGUCGUGUCUCUCUUCCUGCUCUACGGGUGGUCCAUCACUCCGAUCAUGUACCCCGCCUCCUUCUGGUUCCAGGUCCCCAGCACGGCCUACGUGUUCCUCAUCGUCAUCAACCUGUUCAUCGGCAUCACAGCCACCGUCGCCACCUUCCUGCUGCAGCUGUUUGAGCACGACAAAGACCUGAAGCGAGUGAACAGCUACCUGAAGACCUGUUUCCUCAUCUUCCCCAACUACAACCUGGGCCACGGACUGAUGGAGAUGGCCUAUAAUGAAUACAUCAAUGAGUACUAUGCUAAAAUAGGUCAGUUUGACAAAAUGAAGUCUCCAUUCGAGUGGGACAUUGUGACGAGGAGUCUGGUUGCGAUGACAAUCGAGGGGUUCGUUGGCUUUCUCAUCACCAUCCUCUGCCAGUACAACUUCCUCAGGAAACCUCAGAGAGUCCCAGUGAGCUGUCAGCCCAUUGAGGACGAUGACGUCGACGUGGCCUGCGAGAGACGGAGAGUGCUCCGAGGAGACGCGGACGACGACAUGCUGAAGAUCGACAACCUCACCAAGGUGUACAAGUCCAGGAAGAUGGGGCGGAUCCUGGCGGUGGACCGGCUGUGUCUGGGCGUGCGCCCUGGGGAGUGCUUCGGGCUGCUGGGGGUGAACGGAGCAGGGAAGACCACCACCUUUAAGAUGCUCACUGGGGACGAGAGCACCACGGGGGGCGAGGCCUUCAUAGGAGGGAACAGUGUUCUGAAGGAGUUGCUGCGCGUGCAGCAGAGCAUCGGGUACUGUCCCCAGUUCGACGCUCUGUUCGAGGACCUGACGGCCAGAGAACACCUGGAGCUUUACACGCGCCUCCGAGGCAUUCCCUGGAAGGACGAGGAGAGGGUGGUUCAGUGGGCUUUGGAGAAACUGGAGCUGUCCAAGUACGCAGACAAGCCUGCAGGGACCUACAGCGGGGGGAACAAGCGCAAGCUGUCCACCGCUAUCGCCCUCAUCGGAUACCCCUCCCUCAUCUUCCUGGACGAGCCCACCACCGGGAUGGACCCCAAGGCCCGCAGGUUCCUCUGGAACUUAAUCCUUGACAUCAUCAAGACGGGACGCUCGGUGGUGCUGACGUCACACAGCAUGGAGGAGUGUGAGGCCCUGUGUACCCGCCUGGGGAUCAUGGUCAACGGCAGGUUUAAGUGUCUGGGCAGCAUUCAGCACCUGAAGAACAGGUUUGGUGACGGGUAUAUGAUCACCGUGCGGACCAAGACAAGCUCCAGUGUGAAGGAAGUCGGGAGAUUCUUCAACAGGAACUUCCCGGAGGCUGUCCUGAAGGAGCGGCACCACACCAAGGUACAGUACCAGCUGAAGUCCGAGCGCAUCUCCCUGGCUCAGGUGUUCAGUAAGAUGGAGCAGGUGGUGGAGGUGCUGGGCAUAGAGGACUACUCUGUCAGCCAGACCACUCUGGACAACGUGUUCGUGAACUUUGCCAAGAAGCAGAGCGACAAUCUGGAGCAGCAGGAGAGCUCCCCCCCUGGUGGUGGCCAGUCCCCACUACAGCGCAUGCUCAGCCUGCUGAGGCCCCGUCCGGCCAACACAGAACUGAGCGCCCUGGUCAGCGAGGAGCCCGAGGAGCUGGAGAGCGACGAUGACGAGGGCCUCAUCAGCUUCGAGGAGGAGAGGGUGCAGCUGUCGUUCAACACCGACACUCUCUGUUGAACGGUGGGCUCUCAGAGGGAACCUGGCUGGACAGAGAGAGCCAGUGAGCGGGAAAAUAAAUGACCUUAAUCGGUGGGGACCUCUGUUUAAGGUCAGGGAGUGAAUGCACUUGUUUUUACUGUGAAGAAGGCCUGUGGGAAUUAAUAAACGGAAUCGUUCCUAAAGCUGGGAGAGACUGAGCCAUCUGAACCGGAGGUAGACUUUGUGUGGAACAGAGAAGAUAAUGAGUUAUGUGUUUCAUUGCCAGCAAGCCAGCCAUGGUCUUGUAAGUUGAGAUGGCAAAGGGGACGGGUAGUGUCUGUAUCAUAGGGAUAAUGCACUGCUACAGUGAGAUCUUUUGCAUUGGAAUGUGUUCCUGGGAGUGUUUCUGGAUUUGUAUUUGAGAAUGUAAUGAUGGGAACACUGGGAAACCCAUUUCAGAGACUGGAGCUUGAUUUGGUUUUCGUGUUGUUAGUGUGCUGAGAUACUACAGAUGAUGUCAUAACGUAACAUAUCAACCCGUCUGAAAUGACAUCAUUGGGUUUAUUCUUUCAUCCGAUGUUUGGCGCUGUGAGUCAGUCUCGUUAUUGGUCAAACGUUUUCCCUGCCAAAGUACCGGUGUUCCUAAUAAGCCAGAGAAACAGCCCUCCCCCCUCCCCAACGCUCUACCAAACUGGACUACCUUGGGAUCAUGCUGGAACGAUUCAAGUCAAAGUGUGUCGUAUCAAACGUAUACAAUAUAUAUUUUUCUGUGGCAAGGAUUUAUUUUAGAUAUUGACAAGCCUAUCCGACUGACGUCUGUGAUUUGCUUCGCAAUAAAUGAUGGUUUAUAGCUAAUUGGGCCUUGAAAAGUGCCAAGUUUUUAACUUGAGUCUUUGUGAAAUUGGCCUUUUCUUCUAAAUCACUUUGCUGAGUCACAGAAGAAAGAUGCACUAGGUUUUGACUCAUUUUAGAGAAUGUAUAUGGAAUGAUUGUCCUGAUGGUGCCUCCCUAACAUUAAGCCUACUUCUUUUGACACUGUACAUUUUUGUCUCUCUUAAGCACUUUCUAUUGAAUGCUUUCUAUUGUGCUUUUACAAAUCAUAAUGAUUUUAAUUCUGCCAAGAAGAUCCUACAUGGGACACAAUAUAAUAACAUACUUUAUGGUGAAGAUAAUUAACAAGAUAACAGACAAAAAAAAAGACUUUCUCUCUAUCAUUUUAGUACUUAAGGUCACUUAACGAGAUGUAUAAUGAUCAUACAGCACUGCACUACCAUCACUGUGAGACUAAAGGGAACUCUCAGAUCAUUCAUCGUUUUAACUUGAGAUGCGCCAUUUUUAUCGUUAGCGAGAUGUUUGGCAGGAAGACAAACGAAGUUAUGAAGAACACCCUUAACCUUAUUUGUAGAGAGGGACGUUUAGGUGUUUUGAUGAAUAUGUACCGUGUUGGCAUGUGAUAUGAACUCUGGUAUUCUCAUUAAGUGUUUGUUUUGUGAUUAAAAAAAAUAGUUAUGCCCUUUUUUCUUUCUGUUCCAGUUAUUUCAGAGACUAAUUCCAGUGUAAUUUGAAUCAUAUUAUGGUAAUCAUAUGUGUCCUGUUUUGAUUUACUGUAUUUUACUACUUGAUGGGGUUGUUAUCAUUUUAUUAUUAGAUAAAGGAAAUUGAAUGUUGUUGUUUAUUUUGAACCAAAUGCUUGGAGCGAAGCCUAGGGCGACAAAGGUUUUACCACUUACUCAGAUAUAAAAUGUUUUAGUACUUUAUUCUAAAUCUGACAAGCAUUUAGAGCAACGUUACACUAACUGUUUUACUCAGACUAAACGAUGACUGUGACACUCGACUCUUAACAGAGUUCUGUGAGUCUCAACCUUAACCCUUGUGUUAUCUUCGGGUCGUUCUGACCCAUCAGUCAUUGUGACCCACCGUCGUAUUGCGACAACUUUACCGCAUACAAAAACAAAGUGAAGCAUUUUCUUUUAACCGUUGGGCUGUCUCAGACCCCCCACAUUGCGAAGGUUAAAAGAAAAUUAUUUUUAUUUGGUUUUGUAUUGGGUAAAAUUGGGUAAACACAACGAUGGUUCGUUAUGAACCUUUGGGUCAUGUGACCCGAAGGCAGCACGAGGGUUAAAGGAAAAACAAUGGGACAAGUCCCAUUCUGGACUGUUUUGAUUCCAGGGCUACAACCGUCUCCCUGUAUUAAGCCACGCUAGACAGGAGUAACAUAAAGGAUGCUAGUCACAGAGCAGAUUCACUUUUCCACUAAACAAUAAAAUAAACAAAGAAUGACACCAGCAAAUAUUGAUUUUAGGUGCGAAACAUAAUACAAAAAAAAAUCCUCAACAAACCUAGUACUUAUUUUGCUUUGCUUUAAAGCAAAGUGCUUUCGAAUAUAUCUGGUGUAUGUGUGUGCAUAUGAAUAAUAUAUAUAUUUAUACUUUAUGAAUGUCUGUUAUCAUUCUCUCUGCUGUAAAGCAUCUGUUCCAUAUUUUUUUUAAUUUGACUUAAUAUUUGGACUUGUAUCUGAAUAAACUAUUGUUUCUGA